AGCCACUGCUGCCUUUGUCAAGUUCUGCUCCUGGGCACUCUCAUUGGGCCCUGACUACCUACCAACUGCCAUGCCCGAGGAGACCCAAGAAGACACCGUGUUGCCAAUGCAGAACCAGAGGAACAGGGGAACACUGGCUCCUAACCACGUGCAGGAGGUGCGUCUGCACCGAGUGGAGUCCAUCAGUGACCUACACAGUGGAGGCUCACUGCGGCCCUGUCUGGCUGAAGAGGCACAGGCAUGGGAGGAGCUUCUGGGUGUCUUACCGCCAUCACUGUGCACCCAAGCUGGUUGCAGCCCCGUGUGUGGCCGUGGGGGGUUCCUUCUGCUGCUGGCACUGCUGGUGUUCACCUGCCUGGCACUAGCCAUUGUGGCUGUCUACCUAAGUGUGCUGCAGAGCGAAUCCCUGAGGGUGUUGGCUCACACGCUGCGCACACAAGAGGAGACUCUGCUCAAAUUGCGUCUGGCUAGCCUCAGUCAGCUAAGGAGGCUCAACUCCAGCGAGGCUCGGGCACCCAGCUGAGAUGCCAUCUGCAUGUGAGACUGUGAGGGGGAGGGAGGACUUUUGGCAGGUCUCUGUUCUCCCACUGAUGGCCUCAUCUACACUACUCCUUGGUGAGAUUUCUGUACAAGCCUGAUAUAACUCCACAGCUGCCUGUCUCUCUUCACCUCUUCAGGCCAGGCUUGACCAAGCCUUCUGAUGCUAAGGCCCUGCUUUGGACAGCCAAAGGUCAGAGGAUGGGGCACCAGUCUUUUCCUGGCACCUCCUGUCAGCACCCUCUGGCCACCCCCAGAUAAGAGGUUCAAAGUCUAGAAAUAGAUGCCCUGGCUCAGCCACCCACUCUGCCAGGCCUCCUCGUGGGGGGUCCAGUCUCAGCUCUCAGACAAGCUAGGCUGAGUUGGGGAACUAUGUGUCCUGCCAUGGAGGACAAAGGUGGAGUAGAGAUCUAGAUGCAGCCAAACCUGGGGUGGGAGAUGGGAGAGAGGGUAGGCAAGAGACUCAGGAUGAAGGCCACAGGGGCCCAAGCAUCAUUUCUCUCUUCUCUUUAAUAAAUCAGCACACACAUCCAUUCUAGGCAGCUUUGUCUACCCUAUACCAUGGUGGCCAGACCCCCAAAGGAAGCAGCCCCAGG